GGACUGGUGUCCUUUUAUGGGGUGAAUUCUCCUUUUUUGUGACCAGUAUUUAUGGAAUUGCCUUUGAACCUACCCCAGUACUAACCAGGACAAAAGUGAAAUCUAACAUAUUUCGCAAAAAUGAAGCGUGCAAAGUCCCGUGGCUUAAAGGAUGAUGGGAAAGAUGAGCCAGCCAUCCUGGAGACAGAGGACUUGGACCGAAGGUUUGGCAGAGCACCAGACCCUGACACAAUUUCACUGGCCUCUGUUACGGCUGUGACAACUAAUGUUUCUAACAAAAGAUCAAAGCCUGACAUCAAAAUUGAACCCAGUGCUGGAAGACUGAUGGAUUUCCAAGUCAGUAUUACAGUUAUUGAGGCACGACAACUAGUGGGCUUGAACAUGGACCCAGUGGUCUGUGUUGAAAUUGGUGAUGAGAAGAAGUACACUUCAAUGAAGGAGUCAACCAAUUGUCCUUACUACAAUGAGUAUUUUGUCUUCGAGUUCCAUGUUCCUCCUGAUGUCAUGUUUGACAAGAUCCUGAGGGUGUCUGUAAUCCACUCAAAGAAUCUUCUUCGAAGUGGAACAAUGGUUGGUGCCUUCAAGAUGGAUGUGGGAACAGUUUAUUCACAGCCUGACCACCAGUUCUAUCACAAAUGGGCCAUAUUAUGUGAUCCUGAUGACAUCACUGCAGGAUGUAAAGGCUAUGUAAAAUGUGACAUUGCUGUGGUUACAAAAGGUGACAACAUCAAAACUCCACACAAGUCCAAUGAAACCGACGAGGAUGACAUUGAGGGGAACCUUUUGUUGCCAGAAGGUGUUCCAGCUGACCGUCAAUGGGCCAGAUUCUAUGUUAAAAUCUACCGAGCUGAAGGCUUGCCUAAGAUGAAUACCAGCAUUAUGGCCAACGUUAAAAAGGCAUUUAUUGGUGAGAAUAAAGACCUGCUGGACCCAUACGUUCAGGUGCACUUUGCUGGUCAGAAGGGAAAAACCUCUGUCCAGAAAAGUUGCUAUGAACCAAUCUGGAAUGAGCAGAUAAUUUUCACUGAACAAUUUCCACCACUGUGUAAACGUAUGAAGCUUCAAAUCCGUGAUGCAGACAAAGUGAAUGAUGUGGCUCUUGGAACCCAUUUCAUUGACCCGAAGGUCUCAAAUGAUGGAGAUAAAGGCUUUCUCCCAACUUUGGGGCCGGCCUGGGUGAACAUGUAUGGUUCAACACGAAGCUACACCCUCAUGGAUGAGUAUCAGGACCUGAAUGAAGGAGUGGGAGAGGGUGUUUCAUUUCGGGCCCAUCUGCUGAUCAGCCUGGCUGUGGAGAUUCUGGACACCUCCUCUCCAGAGAUAAUAAGCUCUCCUGAGGUUCAAGUGGAAGGCGUGCCCAACAUUUCUGAGAAUGCCACUGGAAAAAUCGAGGAAUUUUUCUUGUUUGGAGCAUUUCUAGAAGCAACGAUGAUUGACAGAAAGAUUGGUGACAAACCCAUCAACUUUGAAGUUACAAUAGGGAAUUAUGGAAGUGAUGUUGAUAUCCCUACCAAACCAAGAACAAAGAAGUCGAAGAAAGGAGAUGGUGAUGAAGAAUCUGGACUCAUCCAAGGUUCCAGUGAUGAAGAGGUGGACCAUGAUGGAGGACUGGAAUCAGUGUCGACCACUCCACCAAUGAAACCAGUCAUCACUGACAGGAACUACUUUCACCUUCCAUAUUUUGAGAGAAAGCCUUGUAUUUAUAUUAAGAGCUGGUGGCAAGACCAGCGAAGAAGACUAUACAAUGCCAACAUAAUAGAAAACAUUGCAGAUAAGCUGGAAGAAGGACUGAAUGAUGUUCAGGAGAUUAUUAAAACGGAGAAAGCUUUUCCUGAGCGUAGACUCAGAGGAGUUCUAGAAGAACUAAGCAAUGGCUGCAGCAACUUUCUAACACUGGCAAAUAAGGACCAAACUCAGUCAGGCAUCACAAAGUUGGAUCGAGAAAGGCUGAAAGUAUGCAUGUGGGAGCUGGAAACUAUGGGCCAACAAGCAAAGACGAUGCGAACACAGGUGAAAAAGAAAAAUGUCAAGGACAAAGUGAAAUUGACACAAAACUUCCUUCAGAAACUGAGAUUUUUGUCUGAUGAGCCUCAACACAGUGUUCCAGAUGUUUACAUAUGGAUGGUUAGCAAUGGAAAACGCAUUGCAUAUGCUAGAGUGCCCUCCAAAGACAUUCUUUUCUCUACUGUUGAGGAGGAGAUUGGGAAAGACUGUUCAAAAGUCAAGACUGUUUUCUUCAAGCUCCCAGGUAAAAAGAGUUUUGGACCAGCAGGCUGGACUGUGCAAGCCAAAACUGAAAUAUACCUGUGGCUGGGUUUAAGCAAGCAGCGCAAAGAUUUCCUGAAUGGGCUACCAAAUGGAUUUGAGGAGAACAAGGCCAUCAAAGGAGCAGGAAUGCAGUCAUCACCACCAAUCAGCUUGAUCUACACGAUGAAGCAAGUCUUUCAGCUGAGAGUACACAUGUACCAGGCAAGAAGCCUGUUUGCUGCAGACAGCACAGGUCUUUCAGACCCCUUUGCCAGAGUUUUUUUUUCCACACACAGCCAAGUCACAGAGAUUGUGAAUGAAACUCUCUGCCCCACGUGGGACCAACUUCUAGUAUUUGACAAUGUUGAAUUAUAUGGUGAGGCUUGUGAGUUGAGGGAUGACCCUCCGAUUAUUGUCAUUGAGAUCUACGAUCAAGACAGUAUGGGAAAAGCUGAUUUUAUGGGAAGGACAUUUGCAAAGCCAAUAACUAAGAUGUCAGAUGAGCAUUAUGGGCCACCACGGUUUCCGCCUCAGCUAGAGUACUACCAAGUGUACCGUGGAAACUGCACUGCUGGUGAAAUGCUUGCAGCUUUUGAAUUACUGCAGAUCGGACCGGGUGGAAAGGCUGACCUUCCUCCCAUAGAUGGACCGACAGAUAUGGACCGUGGUCCAAUUCUGCCUGUUCCCAUCGGCAUUAGGCCAGUCCUGAGCAAAUACCGCAUUGAGGUUUUAUUCUGGGGCCUGAGGGACCUAAAGCGAGUGAACCUUUCCCAAGUUGAUAGACCACGUGUGGAUAUAGAAUGUGCUGGAAAGGGAAUACAGUCAGCUCUCAUUCCUAACUUCAACAAAAAUCCCAAUUUUAGCACACUGGUCAAAUGGUUUGAAGUGGACCUGCCAGAAAAUGAGCUUCUGCAUCCUCCUCUGAAUAUUCGAGUAGUGGACUGCAGAGCUUUUGGCCGUUAUACACUGGUUGGCUCCCAUGCAGUUACAACACUGCGAAAAUUCAUCUACAGAUCGCCGGACAAGAGUGUCAACAAUUGGUCUGCAAUGGAAGAAAUUGUGAUCCAUACUGAACCUGAACCUGCUGUAAAAAAGAUGGAGACAAUGGUCAAACUUGAUUCAGGUUCCGAUGCGGUUGUUAAGGUUGAUAUGCCUGAUGAUGACAAGGAUGGAAAAGGAAAGAAGAAGAGGAAGAAAGGGGAAGAAAUUGAGGAAGAACCACUAGAUGAGAGCAUGCUGGAUUGGUGGUCCAAAUACUUUGUAUCAAUCGAAACACUUAUGGAGAUCCUAAAAGCACAAGAGGCUGAAAAGGCAGAGACAGAGGAAAGAGAAGAAAUGGAUGCAGAUGGAGCAGAUAUUAAAUCUGACUCUAAUGUGAAAGGAAACAAGAAAAAAAAAGGGAAAGCAAAGGAUAAGAAUAAAGCUGCUCCAGGGGAAGGUGUAACUGACAGGAAAAAGCCUAAAAUUGAAGAACUGAAGGUAUACAACAGAGAGCUAGAGAAUGAAUUUGAUUACUUUGAAGAUUGGCUCCACACCUUUAAUCUUUAUCGAGGAAAGAGUGGUGAUGAUGACGAAAAUGCAAUGGAUGAGGACAGACUUGUUGGCAAAUUUAAAGGAUCCUUGUGUAUGUACAAAGUGUCAGAUGAGCUGUAUAGAGAAAUGGGUAUUGAUCCCAACAUAGGCACUUUCCAGAACAUUCCACACAAUGAUCCAGUCAAUGUUUUAGUUCGAGUCUAUGUCAUAAGGGCUACAGAUCUGCACCCUGCAGAUAUAAAUGGGAAAGCAGAUCCAUACAUUGCAAUUAAGCUGGGAAAAUCGGAGAUCAAAGACAAAGAAAACUACAUCUCUAAACAACUUAAUCCUGUCUUUGGAAAAUCAUUUGACAUUGAGGCUACAUUCCCUAUGGACUCCACCCUCACUGUGUCCAUCUAUGACUGGGAUUUGGUCGGCACUGAUGACUUGAUUGGGGAGACAAAACUUGAUUUGGAGAAUCGCUAUUACAGCAAACACAGGGCCACAUGUGGUAUUAGUACAAGCUAUGCAAUCCAUGGUUACAAUGUUUGGAGAGAUCCACUGAAGCCAACACACAUCCUAGCUAAACUUUGCAAGGAUGGCAAAUUAGAUGCACCCCAGUAUGGCCCUGGAGGAAGAGUGAAGGUGGCAAACAGAGUUUAUACAGGCCCAACUGAAAUUGAAGAUGAAAAUGGGCUCAAAAAACAGACAGAUGAGCACCUUGCUCUAGCAGUUCUUAAUCACUGGGAGGACAUACCACGAGUGGGCUGCAAACUUAUCCCAGAGCAUGUAGAAACCAGACCUCUACUUAACCCUGAUAAACCUGGGAUUGAGCAGGGGAGAAUUGAAAUGUGGGUGGAUAUGUUCCCAAAAGACCAGCCUGCACCUGGACCUGCUAUCGAUAUUUCACCACGCAAACCAAAGAAGUUUGAACUCAGGGUAAUCGUUUGGAAUACAGAUGAGGUUGUCCUGGAAGAUGAUGACAUAUUCACAGGAGAAAAGUCCAGUGAUAUUUUUGUUAGAGGAUGGCUUAAAGGUCAACAAGAAGAUAAGCAAGACACAGAUGUCCAUUACCACUCCCUAACAGGGGAAGGGAACUUCAACUGGCGCUUCAUUUACCCCUUUGACUAUUUAAUGGCUGAAGAGAAAAUUGUCAUAUCAAAGAAGGAAUCCAUGUUCUCCUGGGACGAGACCGAAUACAAGAUCCCUGCCCGUCUGAAUCUGCAAGUUUGGGAUGCAGAUCAUUUCUCUGCUGAUGACUUCCUGGGUGCAAUUGAACUAGACCUGAACAGAUUUCCUCGUGGUGCAAAAACUGCAAAACAGUGCACCCUCGACAUGGUUCUUAACGAACAAGACAUGCCAAUGGUCAACAUUUUCAAGCAGAAAAGAAUCAAGGGCUGGUGGCCAUUUAUAGCCAGAGAUGAAAAUGAUGAGAUGGAAAUUACGGGGAAAGUAGAGGCAGAGCUUCACCUUUUGACAGGUGAAGAAGCAGAAAAAAGUCCUGUUGGAGAAGGAAGGAAUGAGCCAGAGCCUCUAGAGAAGCCCAAUCGCCCUGACACAACGUUCCUGUGGUUCAUCAGUCCACUCAAAGCAAUCCGAUAUCUGGUCUGCAACAACUACAAGUGGCUGAUCAUCAAAAUAGUGGUUGCUUUGCUGUUGUUAGCAAUGCUGGGCUUAUUCAUUUACAGCAUGCCUGGCUAUAUGGUGAAAAAGCUACUGGGUGCUUAA